UUAGAGUUUUUCUUUUUUUAUAUUAGAUUUGGCCAAUUUUUCGAACAAUAAAAUAGAAAUAUUGAUCGACUCUAUGUUGAUGUUAGACUCAUGAACAUGUAGAAAUAUUGACAUGUUAUGGAAAUUAUAAUUUUUUAAAAUAUCUUUAAAUAAUAAUAAGCAUGGAUUGAAGUUUUAAAAGCCAAGCAAGAUGGAGUAUUUUCACUUUUGGAACUGUACCACCAAUUCUUGAAUUAUAUUUGAAGCAAUGAAUUGUUAAUUUUGUUGCUCUUUAGCAAAAGUUUAAUAUGCCUUUGGUCUUUGCUUCUAAAAUGGAAUGAAUUUGCCUUAGUCUGUGAUCUUCAUGUGUUUCACCUUAAUUUCUCUUUAGUUUCUCCUUGGCUAAUUCCCCAAGUCACCCCUUGAUUCUAUUUUUGCCUCCCUAAACCUUACAUAUUAUUAUAUAUCAUCCUCCUACAUGCUUAAUAAUACAUUACAUAACCACUUAUUCUUUUUCCUUUCUUUCUUUAAUUAAUUUUUCACUCCAUCUUCUUUCAAGGCAUCACGAGAUUUUCAGUUCUCUUAAGAUCCUUAAAGAACAAUAUUUUACCAAUUACCUUACCUCUGUCCCUGAAGUAAAGAGCCUCUGUAUAAUCUCUGGCCGUCGCCGGAAAGAUGGAAUCAUCAAAGCCAUUUUCUCAUUCGAUUGAUAUUUCGGCGAUUGCACAAGGAAGCUCUCAAGAAGAAUCUCUCCUAUCUUCCGUUGAAGGAAAAUUGGAAGCCUUCUGUUCAUCCAUUACCAUCUUCAGAGCUCCAAACGAUAUCAGUAUCGAAGACAAAAACGUCUUCGUCCCCGCCAAAGUCUCAAUCGGCCCUUUCCACCAUGGCGCUCCACAUCUCGAACCCAUGGAAAAUCUCAAGUGGCGCUACUUGUCCACUUUCUUGAAGCACAAUCCGUCUCUCACUUUAGACGAUCUUAUUGAACUCGUUGUAAAAUCAGAGAGCCGAUUGAGAAAAUGCUAUGAGGGAGAGUUUUAUGAUUUGGAUAGUGAUAAGUUUUCGCAGAUGAUGUUGCUUGAUUGCUGCUUCAUUCUCGAGUUGCUUUUGCGAUACUCGAAAAAGAGGUUCAGGCGCUGGAAUGAUCCUGUUUUCAAUACUCCUGGUUUGCUUUUCGAUUUGAGAUGCGAUUUGAUGUUGCUUGAAAAUCAGAUUCCAUACUUCCUUCUCGAUGAAGUUUAUGAAAAUGUGCAAGAUCCGCUCGAGGAAAAUAUGUCUCUCAAUGACCUAACCUUCCGAUUCUUCAAAACUAUGGUUGCUGGAGAUCGGAAAUUUGUCUAUGACAAUUUCAUGGUGGAAGCAGAUCAUCUACUCGAAAUGGUGCACUCUUGUUUCCUCUCUACCUAUCCUCGAAUGGAGACGAACGAUAAAUCGAAGUCGAGAGAAUUACCUAGUGCGUCGAAGCUUAAAACUGCCGGAAUCAAAUUCAAGAACGCCAGAUCUCCAAAGAGCCUAUUGGACAUCAAAUUUCAGAAAGGAGUCCUCGAAAUUCCGCCUCUCAGAGUGUACCAGCAGACGGAGGCGAUUCUGAGGAAUCUCGCCGCGUAUGAAAUCCGUCAAUUCGGAAGCGAUCUGCAAGUGAAAUCGUAUAUCAAUUUCAUGAGCCACCUUCUCCAGUCCGACGAAGACGUGAAGAUACUCUGUAGAAGGAAAAUCCUGAUCGAUCUGGAGGACGACGAGGAGCAGAUUAUUCAGAAUCUAAAAUGGAUGCGCGAGGAGAAGGAGAGCUUAUCGGGAACGUACUUUGCUGGCAUUGUUCAGAAAUUAAACGAGAAGCCGGACCGAUGCCUCACACAGUGGCGGGGGCUGAGAAGGAAUCCAGUAGCCAUCGGCGUCGCCGCCGUUUGGGUGGUGGUUGUGAUCUUCGUCGCAGCCUUCUUCUCUGCAAUUUCAUUACUUCAGCGCCGUUACAAAUGAGUCAUGGAGUGCACCUUUUAAGUUUUAGCUAUACGGUUUUAUGAUCAUAUCAAACAACUUUCAUUUUGGUGAUAAGUCCCUAAAUUUACUGAAUUUUACGGUUAAGCCCUUCACUAUUGCAAAAUACA